ACACACGGUCCGACAUGCGCCCAUGUGGUAGCACAAGUUCAACAAACCCGGACUCAGACAGAUUUCGUGAGAUGCUCCAGCUCGGAUCUUAGGGACUGAAGGGCGACCCCUGAGAGGACCGUCCCGCCGCAGAGCCCCCACUGUUCCGCGGACAGUGACGAGCAGCCCGCCCGCCUCCCCCGGAUCUACAGGAAGAAGACGCCAAAAUGUCAGAAAGGAGGGGCCGGAAAAAUUCUGUCUUCCUGUCCUCUUUAUUGGUGUGUUGUAUGUUCGCCAGCGCAGAGUACUCCAGCUGCGGAGAAUAUGAGUUCUUCAACCAGACCAGUAACAGCUGCCAGGCGUGUCCGCAGUGCCAGCCAGGACAAGAGCCGCAUAUGACGUGUGGAUAUGGCGUGAAAGAUGAGGACUUCACAUGUGUGCCGUGUCCCCAGGGGAAAUACUCCAAAGGGAAGUACGAGAUCUGCAGACGCCACAAGGACUGCGACGCCCUCUAUAGAGCGACAGUGCUCAUAGCAGGCACCCCAGAGAGUGAUGCAGAGUGUGGGCCCUGUUUGCCUGGGUAUUACAUGUUGGAGAAUAGACCUAGAAACCUGUAUGGGAUGGUGUGCCACUCCUGCCAAAAUGCACCUGCCAACACCAAAGAAUGUAGAAACAAAGCACCAGCGCCCCCUCCAGCUGAUCCAGGGAGCACCACCAUGUUCCCCUCUCGUCAUAAAGAACCCACAGCACAGGGUCACCUAGCUACAGCUCUGAUCAUCGCCAUGUCAACCAUCUUCAUCAUGGCUAUCGCCAUCGUCCUCAUCAUCAUGUUCUACAUCCUGAAGGCCAAACCCAAUGGACACGCCUGUUGCUCCGGACAAGUGGUGAAGACUGUAGAGGCUCAGACAAGCAAACAGGAAGACAAGAAAGACGUUCCCGAUAACGUUGUGAUCUAUGCAGAGAAGGAUGAGUUUGACAAACUGAAAGCUCCUCCGCAGAAGACAGUAAAAAGUGAAAACGAUGCUUCUUCUGAAAACGAGCAGCUUUUGGGCCGCAGCAUCGAUAGCGACGAGGAGGCGGCGCUGGACAAACAGGGCUCAGCUGACUCCACUAACCCCACCCCCAACCUGUGCUUGGUGAAUGUAGGCAACAAGCCGGACCUGUGCCUCCUGUCUCUGGGUCUCCUGGAACAUGAGCGUGUGUGUAACGGGACCACCAGCCCCAUCAGCUCUGUCCCCAGUCCCAACCACCUCAGUAACAUCAACCACAUCAGCAGCAUGAACGCCCUCAACAACAACAAUAAAACGCCAGGGAUGCUGCAGAGUCGAAGAAAAAACAUUCUGGAUCUGUAUGCCAGAGCUUGCAGUAUGACAGAAGGCCUGAGCCCCACUGAGCUUCCCUUCGACUGUUUGGAGAAGGCGAGCCGUAUGCUGAGCUCCUCUUACAGCAGUGAGGCGGCUGUGGUGAAGACCUGGAGGCAUCUCGCCGAGAGUUUUGGCCUGAAGCGGGAUGAAAUCGGUGGCAUGAGCGACGGGCUGCAGCUGUUUGAGCGUGUAAGCACCGCUGGCUACAGCAUCCCAGAUCUGCUCACCCGUCUGGUGCAGAUAGAGAGGCUGGACGCUGUGGAGUCUCUAUGUGUGGAUGUGUUGGGCAGCUCUGAGCUAACACUAACGGCAAACGCUAAUGGUCGGAGCUUUCGCAGUCAGCUGGUGUGCCCGUCCCCCUGCUCCUCACCCUCUCAGCGCUGCGCAAGUGUUUAAGUAUUUGGGACAGUCUAAAAGAGACUGAUCAGACUGCAAAGACUGUAAAGACUAAGCAGAGAGACUGAGCUAACAGCAUGUGACUAUACAGUACAUGAAGAAUAUCAUAGGACAAUGAUGCAACUAUUGCAUCUGAAAUGCUGGAAUUUUACCUUCACAGUUGAAGUAGAUGACAUGAGAGAUUACUCUACCUUGACCAAAGGCCUUAUAAUAAGCUCUAUCAAAUCUUUUUAUUGUGGAAAACAAUUCAUAAAAAUCCAUAGUUUUGUACUUUGCACACAUUUGUGAUGAUAAAAAAGGUUUUGACAUCUGGUCCAGUUAUAUGUGCAGGUCACAAAUCCAUACCUACAGGAUACCUAAUAGAAGAUAUAUGAGAAAAAUAGUGCCUCGUGUCUAAAGUAGGAAAGACAUUUCAUCACAAUGAAUCUAUGACCCGAUGUUUGCGCAGAUCUACCUAAACUGUAAUCAUCACUCACUGAACAUUCAGACACAGGAGCGAUAGAUUUGAGCUGCCUUCUUAAAAUGUAAUCAUGACACCAGCGGAAAUGCUUAAAUAUUGUGCAUCUUGUAAUAUCCAAACCCUAAGCUUUGAAGUCAUACUCUCUUUUACACAUUGCAAAAUUAAUCCUGGUCAACUAAAACUAAGCUUUUUUACCAAUAUAUUGACCGGAAUCGCUAAUAUUUCCUCUGUCUCUGCCCUAUAGCCUGUGUCUAUGCCCCCCUCUCAUGGUUCCUUCCUCUACCCCUUUUACCAAAAUCGCUGUGGUCUAGUUCUGCCGCCAGUCCUAAUUAUUUGGCGUGUGGCUGCCCUGGGCCCCUAAUAGGCUGAAGUGUUGUGGUUUACAGAGCUGGUGCAAAGUGCCUGUGAUUUCCAGCACCCAAUUAAGCAUUUAGGACCACUUACCCACCAAAAGCCCAAUGGAAAUGCCAUAAAACCAGGCUUUAAAAAGAUAUGAGAGGAGAAGCUUGAGAGACUGCCUGGUGGGGUGGCUGGUACGUGACUACAACUACGCCAAUGCAAGUUUAUUUGUAUAGCACAGUUCAUACAAGUAACUCAAAGUGCUUUACAAAAUAAGAAAGACAUUAAAAUAACAAUACAAACAAGUCAAAAACAUAAAUAUGACCAUUAAAAGAGAAGAGUGCAGAAUAAAAACCUUUCAGUCAUAUGCACAGCUAAACAGAACUGUUUGGAGCCUGGAUUUAAACAUUAAGUCAAAGGCCUGUCUCACAUCUUUAGGAAGACCAUUUCAGAUUUUAGCUCCAUAAAAUUCUUUAGGGUGAUCUGUAUCAAGAACUGUCAAGGGUAUUUUAGUUGUUAAAUAAAUGUAUCUUUUUCUAUUAUUGCUAAGAAAUUUGUGAACAGAUUAUUAUGGAAUAGAGUAAGAUCACUGUUGUGUGUUAGUGUUCAAUCCAAUUCAGUCUUUAUGAAGAAUACAGAAUAUCCGUUUCAUAGUGAAUAGUAAAAAAAAAAGAGUAGUGUAUCCAAAGAACCAAAGAAUUGUAAAUGAUUUACACAAACAUGUACAACCUUUUUAAAAUAACUGAAAAUUUGAGCUCCUCAGAAAAACACAAAGCCUGAGGUCAGGAGUCGUAAUAUGGACCAAAAUCCUAAUGCUUCUGGGUAAAGAUAUUCGCUGCCUACUUAUUGUUGCAUAUGUGGUGUGGGUAAUGAAAGAACAUUUACCCCAGAACUAAAGAUCUUCAGAUCCAAAGAAAACACAGUGUGAGUAGUGUUUACUAAAAACUCAGUCAACAAUAUUUCAAUCAGCUGGCCAAGUAGUAUACAAAAUAAACAUUACUGUGGUUGGUUCUGUCAUGCCCCCCUAUGGGACUAAUAUGCCAAAUAAGAAAAAUAUGCAGUUGUUUAGGUUAAGUUCCUUCAGGAAGCAUUUUGAGCUUAUGGGGACUGAUAAGCAUUAGUUUGAACAUAAAGAAAGGCCUAUUGUCAAGGUUUAUUGCGGUUUUCAAGCUUUAACUCAAAAUGCCAGGCCCCCUUUUGAUCUCAGUGCUUUUGAAUUGAGCUGAUCUAUAUCUGAUGCCUGGUGUUGUCAACAUAAUGUCCCUUGACUGCUCUGCUGAAAAUCAAACAGCCUGCCUGCUGCCAAGUCCUAAUGUUUUCUGGGGCUGGCCUCCAGUAUUUCAAAUGAAUAAUAUGCAUUGCUUAUGCAGCGUGGAUGUUUUUUCUGAGAUCUUUUGUCAAGGCAAAUCAAACACUCACCUUUGAAAACGAAGGCGGUGUGGUCCUCGCUCAGACCAACUCAAAACAGGUCCAACAUGUAUUUCCAAUUUUUAUUUUUUUUAAUACUUUUUGUAAAUAACGUGAAUUGUGGAUUGAAUUUUAAGACGGACAACAGCCCUUGUUUGAGACAGGUCAAAUCCUGUCUGGUGUUAAUAUGUGUAUGAUGUACAGAAGCCAGUGUAGAAUAACUUACCUCAGUCACUCAUUCAUUAGCAAGACAUGUAGAGACACAUUCAAACUCAUCACUCCACCAAAGUGUAACUGUAUAUAUAACUUAUUAUUGUACAUAUUGUAUACUAUAUUAAAGAUG